AUGGAGUCUGCCAUCGAUGGAAGCGUGGGCGAAAAUGACGAAAAUGUGGAGCGAGGCAACUGGUCCUCGAAAACCGACUACCUGCUCUCAGUGAUCGGGUUCACUGUGGGUCUGGGCAACAUCUGGAGAUUCCCUUACCUGGCGUACAGGAACGGAGGAGGUGCCUUUCUUAUUCCCUACAUGCUCAUGUUGGCGCUGGCUGGAAUGCCAAUGUUUUUCUUUGAAUCGUCUUUUGGGCAGUUUGCCAGCCUCGGACCAGUUGCAGUGUGGAAAGCCGUGCCAAUAUUACAAGGAGUGGGGAUUGCUAUGGUCCUUCUGAUUAUAUUAGUGCACAUUUCCUACAACUGCAUCAUCGCCUACAGCCUGUUCUACCUGUUUGCUUCCUUCCAAUCCCCUCUGCCAUGGUCAGACUGCUUCAGCUGGUGGGGUGCGGAUGAAACCUGCAGUCGGACACCCAGAGAUCCGCUCUGCAACCUCACUCUGGACAGCGGAUAUUCUGAAGUCGUUAAUACAACCUGGCUGCAGGCAAACAAUAAAACGUGUUCAAAUGGAUCUGAAAUCCAUGUUCCUCACCAGGGUCCAGGUGAACAAUACUGGGAUAAGGUGGUUUUACUUCGGUCAAGGUCGAUAGAUGAAACGGGGGAGAUUGUCUGGCACGUGGCUCUCUGUCUGCUUCUGGCCUGGCUGAUGGUUGGGGCCACCCUGUCUAAAGGAAUCAAAUCUUCGGGAAAGGUGGUUUAUUUCACUGCUACCUUCCCUUAUGUGCUUCUGACCGUACUUCUCAUCCGAGGACUAACCCUGGAGGGAGCACAUAAAGGGAUUGAAUUCUACAUUGGAAGCCAAUCAGACUUCUCAAAACUGGCUGAUGCUGAGGUCUGGAAAGAUGCUGCAGCACAAAUAUUCUAUACACUUGGAGUGGGUUCUGGCAGUUUAAUAACCCUAUCAUCCUACAACAAAUUCCACAACAACUGCUACAGAGAUACCGUCAUUGUCUGUGUGGUGAACUGUGCCACGAGUGUGUUUGCCGGAUUUGCCAUCUUCUCCGUCCUGGGACACAUGGCUCACGUACAGGACAAGCCUGUUUCAGAGGUUGCUCAGUCAGGUUUCGGUUUGGCUUUCAUCGCCUACCCAGAGGCUAUUGCACAACUGCCGUGGGCUCCACUAUGGUCCACUUUGUUUUUCUUCAUGUUGCUCACUGUGGGACUCGACACUCAGUUUGCAGCUGUAGAAGGAAUUUUAACAUCCCUCGUGGACCAAUUCCCCAAGUAUCUCCAAUCAAAACGUCUUCUGCUGACCACUGGUGUAUGCUUAUUGUUAUUUCUCCUUGGCCUCGUGUGUGCAACACAGGCUGGGAUUUACUGGGUACAUUUAACUGAUUAUUUCUGUACUGGAUGGACUUUCAUUAUUGUAGGCCUUCUGGAACUUGUUGGCCGAAGCUGGAUUUAUGUCCACUCGCACUUGGCUGGCCGUCCGCAGCUCAGCGCCCCGCCCAGGGCUCUGGAACGAAGCCGCAUUUUCCGAGAGAACCUGAGUGAUGCCGAUGUGCACCCGAGUGAUGACGUCACAAAGAGCGAGAGAAGCCGAUAG